AUGGCGUCCUGCCCCGUGCUGUGGCGGGAGCGGCUGUUCCAGGCGGGCGCCCAUGCUUACCGCAUCCCGGCCCUGCUCUUCCUGCCCGCGCGCGGGGCCCUGCUGGCCUUCGCCGAGAGGCGGACUAGCAAGAAGGACGAGCACGCCGAGGUCAUCGUGCUGCGCCGGGGACAGCUGGACGCGGGUGGCCAGCACGUCCAGUGGCAGGCCCAGGAGACGGUGACUGGGGCGCAGCUGGAUGGCCACCGGUCCAUGAACCCCAGCCCCCUGUUCGACGAGGCCACGGACACGCUGCUCCUCUUCUUCAUCGCGGUGCCGGGGCAGGUGUCCGAGCACCACCAGCUGCACAGCAGGGUGAACGCCGCGCGCCUCUGCCUGGCCACCAGCCUCGACCACGGCCGGACCUGGAGCCGGGCCCGGGACCUCACGGACGCCGCGCUGGGCCGCGCGCCCCGGGACUGGGCCACCUUCGCGGUGGGCCCGGGCCACUGCCUGCAGCUGACGGACGCGGCGCAGACCCUGGUGGUGCCCGCCUACGCCUACCGCAACCUGCCCGGCCGCGAGCGCCUGGCGCCCUGGGCCUUCUGCCUGCUCAGCCACGACCACGGCCGCACGUGGCAGCGCGGCGACUUCGUGGCGCCCGACACGCUGGAGUGCCAGGUGGCCGAGCUGGGGCGCGGGGCGCGGGGGCUGCUGUACCUGAGCGCCCGGAGCACAGGGGGCCGCCGGGUGCAGGCCCACAGCACCAGCGGCGGCCGCAGCUUCCAGCAGGCACAGGCGGUGCCCGCGCUGGUGGAGCCCCCGCACGGCUGCCACGGGAGCGUCCUCGCCUUCCCCAGCCCCCGCGGGGGCGGCAGCUGGCUGCUCUACACGCACCCGGCGGACCCCCAGCACAGGGCCGACCUGGGCGUGUACCUCAACCCGCGGCCCCCCGAGCCCACCGCCUGGCUGGGGCCCACGCUGCUGGCCACGGGCAGCUGCGCCUACUCGGACGCGCAGAGCCUGGGCCCGGGCCCCGACGGCUCCCCGCUCUUCGCAUGCCUGUACGAGUCCAACGACUACGAGGAGAUUGUCUUCGUGCUGUUCACCCUGAAGCAGGCCUUCCCCGAGGAGGCCUAG